GUGCAGAAUUCGCUUGUGGAUGCCAAAUGCAUGGCAUACGUCAUAUUUCGAAGCUCCUGAAAACGUCAAGUGUUCAUAUCUUGCCUGUCGUGGACCGCUACAAUAGUCUGCGUCACAUAAAAACGGUAGUCAGCCGCAUGCCGUCCGUCACAACAACUACAACGGCAGCAACAAUUGAUCCAGCCAUUAUUGCAGCGCUUGGACAGCCACCGAGGAUGCGUGAGAAUCCAGCAUUUACUAAGGUGGACAAUCCAGAAUUCUACAGCAUUUUUACGCCCGAAUUGGAAGCUCUGGUAGGGCUUUUCAAGAAAUACAAUUAUGAGCUGAGAAUUGCAGGUGGCGCCGUGCGCGACAUUUUGAUGAACAUAAAGCCAAAGGACAUUGAUUUCGCCACUACAGCUACUCCGGAUCAGAUGAAGGAGAUGUUCACAGCGGAGGAGGUGCGCAUGAUCAAUGCUAAGGGUGAAAAGCAUGGAACAAUAACCCCACGUAUUAAUAACAAGGAGAAUUUUGAGGUAACAACUUUGCGCAUUGAUGUGCGCACCGAUGGACGCCAUGCGGAUGUGGUUUUUACAACAGAUUGGCAGUUGGACGCAAAUCGCAGGGACCUUACUAUAAACUCCAUGUUCCUGGGUUUCGAUGGCACUGUGUAUGAUUACUUUUUUGGCUACGAGGACUUGCAGCAACGUCGCGUUGUUUUUGUAGGCGAAGCCGAUGUGCGCAUAAAGGAGGAUUACUUGCGCAUUUUGCGUUAUUUUCGUUUCUAUGGACGGAUAGCCAGAGAUGGUAGCUCUCAUGAUGCAACGACUUUGGCAGCAAUUGCUGAAAAUGCCGCGGGAUUGGCCCGUAUUAGUGGUGAGCGGAUUUGGACGGAGCUCCAGAAAAUUGUUGUGGGCAAUUAUGCGCGUGAGCUUGUCCUGGAGAUGCACAAAUGUGGCCUUACUGAGCAUUGUGGACUGCCGGCGCAGCCGAAUGUUGCCGAAUUCGAACGUCUCUGUGAAGACUUGCAAAAGUUUGAUCAACCACAUUAUCCCAUAUUAUUCCUAAUUGCUUUGCUGCACACCACCGAAGAUGCCAUGAAGAUGCACGAGCGCUUAAAGUUGUCCGCCUAUGAGCGUGAUCUAGCUUUGUUUAUAACGCAACAGAGGGAGCGGAUCGGUACCGAGUACAAUACCUUACGCGACUAUCAGAAGCUCAGCCUACAACCGAAUGCAAAACGGGACUAUGUGGAACAACUGCUUAAGUAUGCAAACAAGGCUGAGCUAUACAAUCAACUGAAAGCAUGGCAAACACCCAAUUUUCCUAUUAAUGGACACACAUUGAAAAGUCACGGCCUCGUCGGAAAGAAAAUGGGUCUGGUGCUAGCGCAGCUGCGACUCAUCUGGGCAGACAGCGACUUUUUGCUAACGGCAGACCAAUUAAUAGAAAAGCAUUUACCUGAAGUUCUGGAACAGCUUCGUACGCCUCCUAGCACACCCAACAAGAAACAACGGACAAAAUAAUGUAAAUGCCUGAGCUUGUGUUUUGUUCACUAUCGAAAUAUAAUUAUGUAUAUAAUACAUAUAUAUUUAA